AUGGCGCAGAAAGGACAGGAGGUCACGGCAGCGCGAGGCAAGGAAGAACUCCCAGCAUCGCACGAAGACGCGCUGAAGCGCGGCGAGGAAGCCCUUACGAGCACCGAGGGUUCCGCCUCUGGCGGUGGGUUCUUCGCGCCUCUGAAAGACCUCGCCUCGCGGUUUAUGGGCCACGCGGCUCCUGAGACCGAGGAAGCUUUUCAGACCGGAUUGGACAUUCCGAUUAACACACAGGAUGUGCCCGCGGCUGAGACGUCUCAAAAGAUCGUCACACAGGAUGAGCCCGCCGCUGGUGACGUGUCGACUAAUAGCCAGGCUGCACGUGGCGUCCACGUGGACACGGCGGAGGGCGGGUCGACGAUUGGAUCGGGUCGAGAGGAGGCAGUUGGGGAGUUUCCGCAGCAAGAGAGGGAGCGGAGUGCAGAGAUGGCGAAGGAGAGUGCUAAGGAGGAAGCACGUAAGGCGACUGAAGAGGCGAAGGAGCACGCUGCGAGCGGAUGGGACGCCGCGAAACGCGGCGUUGCGGAGACUUCGGAGUCAAUCAAGCAGUCGGCGGAGGAAGCUUCAGAGAAAUUCAAGCAACCAGCGGCGCGCGAGCCGAGUGAAGAUGUGAGCCGGAAAGACGAUGAGACUGCUGCUGCGUCGGAGCGCGUUGCGCGAGAGGAGCCGCGGAAGGCGGCGGAAGGUGCAGCGGUGGCGGAGAGGGAAGCGGAGGAUGCGCGUGCAGGGGUGGCGGCGGGGAUUGAGGAGUCGAAGGGGAAGGCGGCACAGGCGCGAGAGGAGGCGGAAAAGCAGGCGGAGGAAGGCGCGCAGGGAGUGAAGGAGAUUGCGCGGGAGGCACAGGCGGAGGCGCAGGCGGAGGGAGAGAAGGCGCAAGGAUCGUUCGAGUCGAUGGCGGAGCGCGCGCGGGGGGUGAUGGAGCGCACGCUCGAAGGCAUUCAGGAGACCCUCGAGGCCGCGCGCGAGCGGUCCGCGCGGGCGGGGGAAACGGCGGAGCAGGCGGGCGAGACUGCGAGGGAGGCCGGGCGGGAGGCAUAUGAGAGGGGGAAGGGUUUUGCGACAGAGACCAAGGACGCGGCGGUGGAGAACCUCGAGGCGGCGGGCACGGUCACGGCGAGAGGGCUGGGCAAGGCGGCUGGCACGGUGGAAGGAGCGGCAGAGGCGGUUGGCGAGAGUGCCAAGGAAGCAGUCUCCGCGGCAGCAGAGCGCACGGCGGAGGGCAUCGAGUCUGCGCAGGAGGGAGCGCGGGGCGCGUACGAUCGCACGGUGGAGAACGUGUCCGCGUCCGCCGCUGGCGCGCACGAUCGCACGGCGGAAGGCCUCGAGUCCGCGCAGGAGGGCAUUGCAUCCGCGGAGGAGGGCGCGAAGGACGCGUACGAGCGCACGGCGGAAAACAUCUCCGCCUCCGCCGCUGGCGCGCGCGACACUGGCGCAGCUGCGACGGGCACCGUCGUGGGUGCAGUUGGGCAGAUCGUGCACUCGUUUGCGGAGAUGCUAGGCGUUGCGGGGAAACACGAAGUGGCGGAAGCGCCACCAGCGGAUGCGCCACCAGCGGAAGCGCCAGCGCUGCAGCGCCCGCUUGCUGCGGACGUGAAUGGUAGCGGAGAGCGUUCCGCCGCCCAUGAGCCCUACCGCGCGCCUGCCAGCCUCUCCGCGCACAGAUACGCGGAAAAAGACCAGCAGGAGGGGGGAGGUGGGGCAAGUGGCGGAGGGGACGCGGGGGAAGCGGAAAGGCGCGCGGGUAGGGCAAGCGCGGGGAAGGAGAAGGGGGCAAUGGAGCCGGGCCUGGGUGGGGGUGUGCGCUAUCAUCCUGAGCCCAGUGCUGAUCUGGGGGGUUCUGGUUUGAGCGCCACGUUUGCUGCUGGGAGCAAGGCGGAUGUUCCACAGAACUACCCUCACACCAGCCAGGAGAAGCGCGAAGAAUCUUCUGCAAGGGGUGCUGAUGUUGCCGCCACUGCUGGUGGUGGUGCUGUUGAGAGUGGUAAGAGUGGUACUACCAGUGGUUUACAUGGUAUUACCAGUGGUUCACAUGGUGCUGGUGCUACCGCAGAGGAAUCUGGCAGUGGGCAUGGUGGGGGUGAUGGAACGGCGGCCACUGAAACAGCAGCAGGCAGAUCCGCAGUGAAAUCGCCUUCCUCUGAUGAACGCGGCGUGUUUGGCGGCGGUGGUGUCCCUGGCGCCAGGAGCGUCCCCUGGGACCAGGUCAGCGUGGGGGGAGGCGUGGAUGAGAAAGGGGUGGACAGGAGGCAGCAGGUGGAGAUGCUUAAAGGGGGGGCGAGGGAGCCCCUUUGUAGAAUCACAAAGGCUGUGAUGGAUAAGACGGGGAUUGAGACUGUGGAGCCUAAGCACCGGAUCGCCAAGGAGAACAUAAUGACACCUAAAAUUGCCGGCCGGAGGGAGGAGCUGGGGAUUGUUGCAACGGCUGCUGAACAUGUGAAGGAUGCCAUGGUGGGGAGGAGGAGUGUGAGAGGGAAGGGGGAUGUGGAGAGUGCUAAGAUGGCUGAUCCUGAGCUGGGAAGGCUGGUGAAGGAAGCAAAGCAGAAGGAGCAGUAA